ACCGGAACUAUAUCCUGCGAUUGUUUACCGUAGAAACUUGACGGUGGACCCAAGAAUUUACAAAAAUGAAGUUUUCAUCCAUUCCAGAUAACGGGGAAGACGUAAAGGUUUGUCCUUACCCUGGAUUUGACUUAGAUGGUGAUUACAAUACACCUAGAGCUCCACCUAGAGUAAAACCAGAGGCACAGGAGUAUGCUGAUAAGAAUAAAGGAUCGCUUCAGCUGUUUGGCAGUGGGACUCCAAGACCAAUUGCUCCAACACCACGACCUGAACCAAAAUGCCCAUCAACUGAAGGUAUGAGAAACUAUGAACUUGGACAGCAUGGAACUGUCUCAAAUUUAUUAAAUGGGUCUGCAACACCUAGACCGGAUCCAGCACCUGCCCCUAAAAUGCGUCCUGAAGCAAUGGGGAUUGCUGGAGGUCAUAGUGGACAAUCAACAUCUAAUCUGUUUACCCAGUAUGGCAAACUUCCUAUGAGUGCAAGGGCUGCUCCUAGAAUUAAGCCAGAAGCAGAGGGUGCUUAUGAACCUCACAAAGGAAAUAAUAUGAAAUGUCUUCUGCAUGAUCCAAAAAAGUUGCCUGCAUCAGCUCGAGCAGUUCCUAGAGUCAAGCCAGAGGCUGCAGGUAUUGCUUGCAAGGAAGGUAGAGGGAUGAUGAAGAAUCAGUACAAGUAUGCAUCUGGUGUCUUGUCUGAUAGACCUGAGCCCCGUGUCAAACCAGAAGCAUCUGAAAAUGCUGAGAAAGGAAAAGGAAAUGCAAUGAAAGCUCUACAGUAUGAUUAUGGCCACCAGCGAGCAUCUCCAAGACCAGAACCAAGGGUUAAAGAGGAGGCAUCAGGAAUGGCAAAUCUUGAUAAAGGAGGGCGUAUGUCUCGGCUCAUGCAUGAAGGAAGUAAAAUGCGAAAAUCUCCUAGACCACCACCAAGAGCAACAACUACUGAAGCUAAACAUAUUCUUAGAAAAUCUCAAGGUCAGAUGUCUCAAAUAUUUGCAAGCUCAGCUAAAAUGACACUUGUUCCUAAAGCUGGAAGAUAAUUUAUCAUAUAAUAUUCUACCAUUACAUGUUCAUAUGAAUUUUUGUUGUUGUGCACAGUCUCAAAUAUUGUUAAAGGGUUAUCAGAAAAGAAGGGAGGAACAUUAUAUGAUUUAGUCAGGAAAUUUAUAAGUAUUCAGUGUAACUUUUUUCAUGGAAAAUGUUUGAACAAAAGCAGUGCAGAUUGUCCAUUUUUCAUAAGACUUACAUUAUUUACAUCCCUUUAAUGUCAGGCUCUAAAUUUUCUUAUUCUAUCAAGGUUAUGAAUAAAUUAAAUAUAAACCAUUAGAUUUUUGCAUAUUAUAAGCAAAUUAACAUGAAAAAUUACACAUAAUCUUAGUUAGGACCAUUUAAAAUGUUUGUAGUUGAUCUAAGAUAUAUUGCACUUAGUUUUUACUAAAUAUAAUGCAUUUGAACAAAUUUGUAACAGAAAAUAUUUUUUUACUUAUGCCUAUUAAAGGUUUUUAGAAUGCUUUAAAUCAUUAUUUUCACAUAUUCACAAUAGGUCUUCAUUUCAGACAUAUUAAAUGACUGCAAGAGAAAUCAUCUCAAUCCAUCAUAGGGUUCCAAUUUAUGUAUAAGCAACCAAGAAUAGAAAUAGCUCUGCUAUCUUACUCAUGCAACAUCAUUUUAGAAAAAAAUUGAUUGUUGAUGUACUGGCUGAAGAAUUUACCUUUAAGAUUUUACAAUUGUCAGAUUUCACCUGAGAUAAUACUGCUAUCAUAAUGCUAUAAAUUGUCUGAUGAGUUUUGUGUUAAAGCUAAUAUCUUUCAGAUUCAAACUGUUAACAAAUAUAAUUUCUAAGAUCUGUAAAUCCAAAGUUUAAUGCUGUUCUUUCUUUUUUUUUAAUUUAUUCAAAAUGAAAGCAUAGAAAGAAUCACAUUUUAGUCAGAAAUAUGAUUUGUCAUUUGCUUUCAUUUUGAAUGAACAACAACAUUCAGUUGUAUAGUAGAAUUAUUUUGGUGCUUUAUUUUUGACACUUACCUGUAUUUAGAAGUAUCAUUUGUCACAUGUUAUUGUUCUAAUAAAGUUAUAGAACAGAUAUUGUAAAGUUAUUGUGAUUCACAUGAUAAUUAAUCUUUUUGGUUUGAAUAGUCGAAGAAAUACUAUACAUAUGCCAAAAUAAGUUUCAUGAUAUUUGCUCAAAUGUUAUGGGUAAUUAUUAUUGUUAUGUGUAUGAAUAUUAUAGAAUUUAGAUUUAUUCUAUAAAAAAGGACUUCAUUUUUAUGACCAAUUACAUACAUUAUAUGUUUCACAAUAAAUAAAUAAUUGUUAACAUUGCCUGAUAAUUUUGUCACUUUUUUAUUGAUAAAUGGUUAAAUGAAAUUCAAUCACUAAUGUUGAUAAAAUCAAGUCCAAUUUGGCAAUAUCAAUCAAGUGUUAGGUCAAAAAUCAGUUUCAUAAUGACUGACUAUUUUACCUUCAUACUUUUAACAAACUUAUGCAUGUCAAAAAUGAAAAUCAUCAGACUAACUGAAAAAGUGAAAAAUAAUGAUGUUUUAUGGGAUAAAGGGACAUAACUCAAUAUGAAUUUACUUUGAUUAUCUCAAAGUUGAAGUCUUAACCGACUUUUGUAUCAUAUUUCUAUAUAGGUGCAAUAAUUCUUUUUUUAAAUCUUAUGAAAUAAAUAAGCAUGUCCAAAAAUUUUUUUAGUACAAAUUUAUUUAUAUUUUUUCUAUAUUUUUUUUAUAAAGACUAUAUUUAUUGUGUACAUCUAUUUUGUGAUAUUUAUGUCUGUAAUUUUUUUGUGUUAUUUGUUUUAUAUUUAUACAUAUUUUUUAGCACACAUAUUCAAUAGAGUAAAUGGUCAUAAUUAAUUUGUAUUCCUGUAAACUUAUUAUAUAAUUGAAAUGAAUUAUCUCAUUUCUCUUCUAAUUCAGAUUUGUUUAAAACAUACCUUGUUGAGAAAAAUGUUAAAUAGUCCUUUGUUCAAUAAGUUAUUUUUUUGUGACAUUUUUUAUAUUUACAUGAUUUUAUACGUUUUUUCUUUUCAAAAGUUGUUGUAUUUUAAUGAAAAAUUUACAGCUGUACAAAUUUCUUCAACAAUUUUUUUUUAUCUCUUGGUCAAUGUAGGCAAUUUAUACCCUGUGUCUACCAUGUCUACUAAGAACUCAAAGGAACAGAAUUUUUUCUUUAACUUGAAAAUUGGUAUCAAAAUGAUUAAAUGACUGUUAUAUUUUAAUUGACUAUAUUUAUAUGAAGUUUUAAGUUGGAAAGAACAGAUAUUUGAUUAGUCAUUCAGAUAUUUGUACACACAUUCCUGUUUUGUCUAAUAACAUAGAUAUCUGAAAUGUUAGUAAAAUAUAAUGUCCCCUUUAGAACACUAGUUACUACAAGAACACAUUUUGAGUUACUAUGAUGUUAAUUGUAUUCUCUGGAUCCCCCAGGUAUUCAAAAAUGUUCACAAAUAGAACAGAUUUCAAUAUAAUGGGUAUUCUAGAAAACAAAUUUCAAAAUCUUUACAAAACUUAUUUUUGAAAUCAUGAACCUGACUAAAAUUAGGAGCACUAUUUUUCUUGCAGGAAAGUGUUUUAAACACUGUAAAUAUUAAUAUAUGUAAUAUUUUAGUUUAAAUGACUUUCAGAGCUACUUAACAUGAUCUAUUUGCCUCAAAUAUAUCUGGAUUAUAAACCUGGAAAAGUCUGUUUUUUUAUAAGAUGGAAAAUGCAUAUUUUAAAAGCUUACAGUGGUUUUCUGUUUCUUCUUAUUACAGUUUUGCCAUGUGUAAACCAGUAUGGCUGCUCAGCAAGGAAAAUAACUUGCUUCAAGUCCAAGUUCCCAAGUCAGGUUCAUGCUUCUAAAAAAAGUUUCUUGAAAUUGCUAUAAUGAUCCUCUGUCUCAUGUUAGAUAAUUGAUGUCACUAGGAUAAACAUUUAAAGUUCACUUUUGAAAAAUAUUAAAGAAAAUCUGAAGUUUAAUUUUACUUCACAUCCAUAUAACAAGUUUUUAUAAAUUUGUUGUUAUUUUGCUUUUAAACAAUGUUUUCUAUUGUUUAUUACUUGUUUUAUUAUUAUAACUGUAAACAAGAGAAAUAAAAAAAUCAAAAUAC